CGGAAGAGAAGAAGGUCCUUUUCCCAGCCAUCUUGUGGCUUCAUCUAGCGAAGUGUUCGCACCAAGCCUCGUAGAAUCGGAGGAAAAUCCUGCUGAAGGGGCGCCAUCAUGCCCGGACAAUUGCAAGAAGGUUUUGGCUGUGCCAUAACCAAUCGGUUCGACCAGUUAUUUGACGAUGAGUCGGAUCCGUUUGAGCUGCUGAAGCAAGCCGAAGUGAAGAAGAAGGAGGCUGCUGCUCCCGGUGCCGCCAAGACGGCAGCGCAGGCUGCCAAGCAGCCGAAAAAAGAGUCCCAAAAAGACAGAAAGGCCCCACUGACUGACAAGAAGGAGGAGACCCAGGCACCGGUGCCACUCAAGAAAGAUGGUGCCGGCAUGAGGAGAAUGGGCCGCAAGCCGGAGGGCGAUGGCUCCAGACCCCAGGGCGGCCAGGGAGAGGGGCGCCCCCCUACAGACAGACGGCCCAUGGACAGGCGGCCACCGCGGCGCUUUGAGAGGCCUGCUGGUGACGCUGGCGAGAAGCCCGAGGGAGGCGAAUUCUCUGUGGAAAAACCCGUUGGUGACAGGCCGAUGAGAGGACGGGGCGGCGGCAGAGGCGGCCGUGGAGGAAGAGGCCGUGGCAUGGGUCGCAACGAUGGCUUUGACUCCCGAGGAAAACGUGAAUUUGACAGACACAGUGGCAGUGACAAAUCUAGUCUGAAAGGUGAGGAGAAGCGUGGUGGAAGUGGAUCUCACAACUGGGGCACCGUCAAGGAUGAACUAAACGAGCUCGACCAAUCAAACGUCACUGAAGAGAACCCUGAAGGAGAAGAGCACCCACCUGCUGACUCUGAGAACAAGGAGAAUGAGGUUGAGGAAGUAAAGGAGGAAGGCCCCAAGGAGAUGACUCUGGAUGAAUGGAAGGCCAUGCAGGACAAGGAGCGGGCGAAGGUGGAGUUCAACAUCCGUAAGGCCAAUGAGGGAGCUGAUUGGAACAAAGGAUUUGUGCUGCACAAGUCCAAGGCAGAAGAUAAGAAAGAUGAUGUGAUUGACGAUGUUGAGGAACACAAGGUUGAGGAUGAGCACCACUUCCGGAAGCCAGCCAAUGACAUCACGUCUCAGCUGGAGAUCAAUUUCGGAGACCUGGGCCGUCCAGGUCGCGGACGCGGUGGACCACGCGGUGGCCGUGGCGGUCGGGGCCGCGGUGGUGCACCUGGUGCACCUGGUGCUGGCAGGGACGACGCCACUAGGCCGGCACGUGGAGGAAGGACUGAAAAGUCUUCUGUGUCGGUUCCCAACGUGGACGACCCAGAGGCCUUCCCAGCCUUGGCCUAAGGCCCAGCUGUUGUCUCUCAGGCCUUCAGGAGCCUCCUGAGCACCUCCACUACGAGGUUUGCAUGUUCCUGGAUCCUUCAGCAAAGUGAAAUGAUGGAGAAGACUGUCAUUAACUAUGGCACUCAACAUGAGGACUGAGUUUUACCCAAUAAAAAACAAAACGAAGAUGGAAAAAAAAACAGAAAUUAACAAAAAAAAAAAACAAAAAAAGAAAAGGACUUCUUGCUACUCUGGAGCAACUUAUUGGUAGAGGUUUUGUACUUGGAAACAAAGUAGCAGGGAUGUUUUCAUACAGUAUUUUUUUCAGAGGUUAUGCAUUGUCCAUUGAUAGAUUUUUGUAAUUGCUGCUUGAAAAUAUGCAUUUCGAAGUGUAAGCAUAAGAAGGGUGUCUUUAGCUUGGUGUGAAGCCAUUGCUUGCUCGCUUUGAAAUAAGCACUGUGGAGCUCGACCCAAGCUCAUAAGCUCUGCCGCACCAGGUAUUUGUGAUGAAGUUACAGCUUCACUCAUUGAGAUUUAUGGAGUUUUUUCUUUAGCACUGGGGUAUUGUUUUAUAUUUUAUACAGGAGGUCUAUUCUUCUAUGAUCUUCGACCUGUAAAUCUUAACUAUUUUCAUAAAUUCUUUCAGAGACUGUAUUUCACAUGGUGCAAAUAGGCCACACCUCGAUCUUUGAUCAGGUGUCACUGCCUACAUUUGAAUGCAUUGAUGAAAUGGCGCCUAAAUCUGUAUUAAGGUUCUUUUGUACUGAAAUGUUCUGAAGGAGGAACAUUAGGUCAUUUUGGAGGAACACAUUGGUGAAUUACUUCCUAAAUUUGCGUUAAUCCUGAGAUAUUUGUCAUGUGGAUUAAUUUCUAGCCGAAAGUUACUUCAAGUGUUCCGACUUCGGAUGUAUUUGGGUUGCUAUUCACCAUUUAAUAUCUUACUUCCGGCUAAUUUCAUCUUUGAUCACCGGCCAUGUGCAAGUCAAUUAAUGCCUUUGUUUUUACUUUAAAGAGUGAUUCGGAGAGGAAGUGUCUUUACACACUUGGCUUUGGUCUUCUUGAAGCCCUCAGACCUCCGACUGUUUACGCACUCCACUCGAGCGACCUUCCACAGAUGUAAAGUCAGCCCAGCUUCAGUUUGUUUUUGCAGUCUGUUCUGUGCUGACGUUUUCCUCCACUGUUGACUUGCCCUGUAGCCUCCACAGUGGCACCACUGCAUAAUUGCUCUGAAAGAAAUACAGUCGUUCAUUGUGUGGAGCAACUGAAGUGCCCCACAAAUGUGUGAAUUCUAGCCCUGCUAUUAGAGACCUCUGUCGGUAAAUAAAGAUGGUCGAUAAAUCUUU